UAAUUAAACUAAAAACACACACACAAACAAAACCUUUCCCCUUUCCCUUCUAUAAAACCUCCCUUAAUUUCAUCCACAACCAACACAUUCUUCUUCUUGAACUUCUUUCUUCUACUAUGGGUAUUCUGAGAUCUUCCUCCUCUUCUUCUGCACUGAAAUGGCUUGGAUUUGUGACGGCGGUUUGGGUUCAAUCCAUCUCCGGCAACAACUACACUUUCUCCAACUACUCUGGCGCUCUGAAGUCACUCAUGAACCUCAACCAGCUCCAGCUCAACAACCUCUCGGUCGCUAAAGACGUCGGAAAAGCCUUUGGAAUCCUCGCUGGCCUGGCCUCCGACCGUCUUUCCACUCCAGUGAUCCUCCUUAUCGGCUCUUUAGAAGGUCUUCUUGGCUAUGGUGUACAAUGGCUCGUCGUUAGCCGCACCAUCACCCCUCUCCCUUACUGGCAGAUGUGUAUAUUCCUCUGUAUGGGAGGAAACAGCACGACGUGGAUGAACACGGCGGUUCUUGUUACUUGCAUACGAAACUUCCGGCGAAACCGUGGUCCGGUCUCCGGGAUCUUGAAAGGAUACGUCGGUCUAAGCACGGCUAUUUUCACCGAUCUCUGCACUGCUCUCUUCUCAAACGAUCCGGCGUCGUUCCUCGUUUUACUCGCGGUGGUGCCUUUCGCAGUCUGUCUCACGGCGGUUUUCUUCCUCCGUGAGAUCCCUCCGGCUUCUUCCGCCGACGAGGAGAGCGAAGAGACCCGUUACUUCGCCGUGUUCAACAUCCUAGCAGUCGUUGUCGCUGUCUACCUCCAGUCUUACGACAUCAUCGGAAUCAAAACCGGAGUGUUCUCGGUCGCUUUCGCCUCCGUACUUCUAUUCCUCUUGUUCUCUCCGAUCGCCAUACCUUUCCACUCGUUCAUCCGAAGCUUAAACCGCGGUGAAGAACAAGACGUGGAAGGACGGAUUCAAGAACCGUUGCUCAGAUCGGCGGAGAAGGAAGAAGUAGUUGUAGAAGAGGAGAAUCCUGUGGAGGAGAGGAAGAGGCCGGCGUUGGGAGAAGAACACACGAUAAUGGAAGCGAUGCUGACGGUCGAUUUUUGGGUGCUGUUCGUCUCGUUCUUGUGUGGUGUAGGAACUGGUUUAGCAGUGAUGAACAACAUGGGCCAGAUUGGGCUUGCACUUGGUUACACAGACGUCUCGAUCUUCGUCUCCAUGACUAGUAUUUGGGGCUUCUUCGGUCGUAUUCUUUCCGGUACACUCUCCGAACACUUUCUCAAGAAAGCUGGAACACCAAGACCACUAUGGAACGCAGCAUCUCAAAUCCUCAUGGCUGUAGGGUAUCUACUAAUGGCUUUAGCUGUGCCCAAUUCACUUUACAUCGGUUCAAUGGUGGUCGGAGUUUGUUAUGGUGUCCGUCUAGCUAUUACCGUACCCACAGCAUCAGAACUCUUUGGUCUCAAAUACUAUGGUCUCAUCUACAACAUCUUAGUACUUAACUUGCCACUCGGCUCGUUCCUCUUCUCUGGUCUUCUCGCUGGGUUCCUCUACGAUGCAGAGGCUACACCAACUCCUGGUGGGGGCAACACUUGCGUCGGAGCUCAUUGUUACCGUCUCAUCUUCUUGGUGAUGGCUUUAGCUUCUAUUAUUGGAGUCGGUUUAGAUAUUCUGUUGGCUUAUAGGACAAAGGAGAUUUAUGCUAAGAUUCAUGCUAGCAAAAAGGCCAAAAGUUCUGGUAGUGACCUUAGUUAAUAAUUGUUUCGAUCUGGUUAGAUUGCACUAGAUUGUUCAUCACGAUUUUUUAGUGAGAUACUGAUGUUUUUACAUGAAAAAAUAUUGGUUUCAUAUUCAUGAUACAAUGUUGUACUUGUAGUCAAGAGUCACCGCACAACAGCGUAAACUUUUCAAGAUUUUGUUCAUA